GCCAUUGAUAUCCACUAAAUAAAUAUUUGUUACCGCUUAGAUAUCUUGUAACAAGUAAUUACAGAUUUUUCUGAUAAAACGAAACGAUUGUAGUUUUACAUAGUCAUAAUUUUAUGAAACAGAACAAUGUAUGAAGUGUUUCAAGCUGUCAUCUUGCAUUCACUUUUCGCAUGUGUCGUUUCAUAAAAUUAACAAUAUAAACAAGCAACCGAGAUAUAUAAUUGUUUCAUUAUACCGGAAAUUACCGAUUACACGAUCCAAUAUUAACCGCCUUGUCCGAAAAGAAACGAAGGCUCGGCAAACAACCCCAUUGAUGUGUCUCUCCCACUGGCGUUUCCGCGCGCGGGUGUAACGAAUCGGCGGAUGUUUCACGACAAAUUAUUGUCCGCGGGCCCAAUUGUCGAUCGGCCACGCUUGACACUAUCGUUUCACGCGUCCGUUGAUCCAUCUGUCCGCGUAGAUCAGCGCGCGCGAUCAACGAUGAAUCGCGUCGUCGAGCGUUGCGAAACGCGGGUCACGCACUCCUCGAUAACUGCUCGAGGAGCAGCAGCGGGCAUUAUCCUCGAUCGAGCCCGACGUCGUUCCUCGUUCCUUUCCUCCGUGCCGGCAGGAAUCGCUGCUUCGAGAUCUUAAAGCCGUUAGCGCAGAGGUUCCCAAAUCGUUUGGCCGCGCUCCUUUCGGUACUCUCGUUCCUCGAAUGCUGACUUGAACCUUGGCCUCUUGACAUACUGCGCGGCGCUUUCUUCCGCUGAUUAUUUUGUCUAGAUAGCGAACAAGGACACGCGAGGACCUCUCUUUCUCUGUCUCUCUCUGUCCUUCCUCAAUUUUUCUCCGUUAUCGCUUAAUAUUUCCGCGGCGUCCAGUUUGGGCACCAAUGCCGGGCUCUGGUAGGUGAAAGAGCACAAUGCGAGCGAGCGAGCGAGCGAGCGAGCGAGUAGUCGAGAGUGACUCAGAGUUCGAGUAUCCGUGGCACAGAAACUCCACGACGACCAUUGUGGACGCCUUUCUUUCGUCGAGCUUCACAAUCCGCUCACGGAAUUCGUAAUAUCGUAGCACGCGCGGCAAACGAGAGUCCGCAUUGUGCCGUUAGAAAUAGAGCGAGCCUUGUCGUCGUUGUCGUCAUCAUCGUCGUUGUCGUCGAUAUCGAUCGUGCGAUGGAUUAUCUCGGCUCGCGUCGCGUCCGCCGUUGUGAUUUGCGUAUCGAUAGCGCGAGAAUGGAUGGUUGCGUUUGUUUUUACGUAUCGACUUGUGUAACAAAUGAUUUCGGAUCUGUUUAGACAAAAUGAAAUAUAAUGAUUGGGACAAAAUGAGACGAUUUCUCAAAGUUUCUGAAGAAAUUGCGUUUUCAUUGUCGUUAUAUAAUUUUACGAAACAGUGCAUGCGUUGUUACGAUCUUCUGCCACAUUGCAUACAUUGUUGUUGGCGAGAUUAAAAAUAACGACGUAAAAAUAACAUAAUUGUCUUAUUAUGGACCGGAAAAAUCUAAGAUUAUUAGGUAACCAAGGUUAUAUUUCAAAACAUCCUAUUUGCGGAAAAUUUUACUCAAUACUUUAUAGUAUAUAUAAAAUAAGCUGUAGAUAUUGAAUAAAAUUUUCCUCAAAAAGAACGUUUUAGAACCCACGUAUAUUCGUUCACUUACUGGAACUAUUCCCGGUGUAAACUCUUCUUUAAAUCGCGGCAGAAUUUAAGAAUAAUAAACUUAAUAAACGCACUCGAGAUAUAGUUGUCCAUUUUAUCGCGUGAAACAAACUGCUAAUGCAUAUAGAACUGCUAAUGAUAUAUAGAUCUUCAUUGGUAAGUUUAUCUUGUUAAAGAUGAGGUUAUUAUCAAAAUACAAUCAAAACGAACACACCCAGGUCAUACGCAGUCCCUCGUGUAUCGUAUCACUAUGCGUUUCGCCGAGUCCUUCCGACUAACGCACACUUGUUUUAUUACUUGGCUGCUGCACGACGACUCUCUCAAGGUCUCUCUACGGCACGUAUUAAUAGUCAUUACUUAAAACUUGCCUCACGUGGGACACGUUCAAAUCUGAAUUUAGAGUUGGACGUGGCUUUUCUCCAUAGUUGUGCGAAUCGCGACUAUACAAAUAUAAUGAGACAUAUACAAGCUCGCAUAACAGCCUUAAUGUGUGGUAUAAUUAGGUUAUUAGUUUUUCUGACCAUACUCACUUGUUUCUAUAUAUUAACAUAAAGCUAUCGCAGUGAUAUAUUACUGUUUUGACACGCUGCAGCCGCUUCUCUAAAUAAUCGAUAAAUAGUACUUCAAUAAAUGUCAAUAUAAUUGAAUAUACUAUAGCUAGAAAAUCCCAAUGACCCAAUUGCAUUGCAAACCAAAGCUAUUUCUCCAAUUAGAGUUGAUCAUAUCUAGUUUAACUGAGAAACUCAGAUCUAAUCUUAAGUUCAGAGACCUGCUAUCUCACGUGUUUCUAGUAAUACAGAAACAGAUUGUCAGUAAGUUUUGUUUUGCUAAGGAAUACAGUAAAUUUUGCUAAAAACGUAGCAUAUUUCAAUUCCUAAAACGUAAUAGCACAUAUGAAAGAUGAAAGGAUAAUCAAUUACUGUAGAAUAUCGAUCUAUUCCUCUCAGUUACAAAAUUCUCUGGUAAGUUUUACUAUAAAACUCUCUCUUCUCGUGUAUCAAUGCGGAUUUACGGUGUCUGUCUUUGCAUCACUCCUCGUUGUCUUAUUUUCGCUGACUUUCUAGUGUGCCUUGCAACAUAUCGCUAUUCUAACGCUGACUUCUAACACCUUCGAUUAACGCUGAAUUAUUGUCCCGAGAUCCACGCUUUCUCAGGACCUUAUAGCCCGUCCGUCGACCUAAGUAACAAUGGAAUCCCGGAAAAGCGGGCAACAAUAUCCGACAGAACUCUCCCCGCCCCCCGCUCCGAAAACUGACGUUUUUCCCGACGCACGCAAGUUACGUUUGACCCAAAUACAAAAUGUGCCUGUCUCGCAGACAGGAAGAACCAGCGCGCGGAAUGGGGGACGGAGGGGAUGAAGGGGGGCGACUGUCGUGACAGUACAAAAGACAGGGAUAUAUCGAUAACGCUGUCGGGCUACUCGGGAGUAACGUGGCGUGAGUGCCACUUCCAUUUUCGCCGCCCUGCCCCGCCGUAGAGCACAGUGGAGAUCGGCUUUUUCGGUGUGCGUGCGCACAAACGUCUGGAACAGGAGUUCCAGACGUUCGCGCGACACAGAGAGCGAACUCGGUGCCGCAGAUACCAUCAUUCGCGCGCGAGAGGGAUGCGAGAAGCGUGAAUGCGCGACAGGAAUGCCAGGAUAUGCAGGCCACACGAUAGAGGGGAGGAAGGGAGCAGCAGAAGGGCUCGAUUGAAUCGCGGUGUAUGCGAAGUCGUAGGUCAAAGUGUACCUGUUGGAGAAUCGGGAAGCCAAGACACGUGAGGAAGAUGCAGUCCUUUCAGGUGAAUUAGCACGAAUGUCUUGGAUUGAAUCGGCACACUGAGAGAGGAAGAAAGAAAAAUAUCUAAAAAACAAAAAAUGUUCAUUCGGUGGGUAUUAAUAACGUAUUCACUUGUUCGCCAAUUUUUAUGUCGAGCAAACAUUUCUUUCAAAUGAGAAAAUAUAAAUAUUUCCCCAAAAUUGUUGCUUUUCAAUCGAUUUAAACGAAGGAAUUUAGAUUUAAGUAGACAAGUAUUAGUAUCUGAAUACAACGCGAAUAAAUAUUUUUCGUUUUUCAGAUUUUCCUCUAUUAAUUUUUUCUUUUAAUGUAAAAGAAGUGUAUUUCACCGAUGAUUAGUGAGUAUACGAAGAAAAUAUUGUAGUAAAAAUUACAACACACACAAUUUCAGUAGUUCGGGAAUAGAGUGGCACUAUCAUGAAAAUUAUAAUAAAACACAACCAUAAACAUGAUCAUUUUUACUACAUUUUGAUAAUUUUUUACUAUGUUCAUAGUCACUUUUUUACUAUGUCCUCUUUAUAGUUUUUUACCGUAAUAUUUAUCCGCAGAAUACUAAAAUCAUAUUGUAAUUUUUAUUACAAUAUUCUUCCUGCAUAUUCAUUGAUUUUCAACGGCAACACUUUACUGCUCUAUCUUGCAUCUCACUGAUUGUAACCACAGAGGAAGUAAGAUUUAGCUAAAAAAUCUGCACAUACAAAUUCGUUGCGCUUUUGACGAUGUAAUUAACUCUUUGCAAUGAUAUGGUCUAUGUUUGUAAUAUGUAUCAAUGAAUAGGAACAGUCGGUAUUAAGCGGUUCUUUCAGCAAAAUUACAGUGCUAUAUUUACAACUAGGCUACUAGUUAUGAGUACAACAUUUCAGUGGAAAAUGCAUUGCAUUUUAGAGGGCUCGCGCGCGCGCACGUUCAUGUUCGGCGGCACGAAUGUGCGAAAAUUUCGCGGAGAAUCCCGCGAUUCGCUCGCAGGAGAACUCGUUCUCCUCUCCUUUAUUUAGUCUCGCACUUGGCACUAAUAAUUUCACCUGUCCCGAUAUGAAAGCCGCGAGCUGACAGCGCUGCCGCUCGGACGCUCACCUCGAUGGGAAUAACUCCGGUUAAUGGAAAUACCAGUGGGGUUUUAAGGCGCGCGCGGCCGAAAAGCUACAAAUUGACUGGCGCGCGGGCGCCGUGCGGGGGUGACGCCCCGACGCUCAUAAAUUGUGCCCGAAGAAGCGCAACAAUCAUUCCACGCCGCUGGAGUUCUCCGGCGGCGAGGAAUUUCGGGCUUAGGCGGGUAAGGAAAAUACAAUCGCGGACACAGAGAGAGGCCAGUAAUUUCAAGGAAUAUUAUUCUGUUUGAUCUUACAUAGAGUACGACAGGAUCUCUGUUCUGGAUUUUGCUCGCAAUGGAUCGAAUGCUAUUGAGUUCAAGCAGCAGCUUGAAUACCAACUUGAGCAUAAUUUAAGUGUAGAAAUAUCAAGCAACCUUGCAUUCCGCCGGAAUCGUUUCGGAUAACAAUUCGAGUGCAAUUGGAUAUUUAUUAUUGAUAUUUUUCUCUUUCCUUCUCUCUCACAUACAUUGUAAUUUAUUUAUCGUUAUUUUCUACAUUUAUUCCUGCUCUUGGCGGUUCCCGCCGCGACUUUCUCUCCUUAAGUUUUAUUUAUAUCGAGUCGCGCGCGCGCGCGCCACGUAUAUGUUUGGCCCGGCAUCGUAAGCUGGCGCUUGCUGCUCUCGGAAGCAGGUAAAAGCGCGUAAACAGGUUCUUCGUAGACGUAUAGGCGGUGCCGUUAAAGCGCGAGCGCGACCGCUUGUUAGUAGCCGGGCAUCUUCGACUUCGAUAUGGCCGUUCCUCGAAGCGAUUUCGCCUAAAAAUACACCGACCUCACGUACAAAUUGCCUCGGUGCGCGCGUGCCGCCAGAAAGAAGUUCGGUGCAGAUAACGACUCGAUUUCAUCUUCUGCUACGCUAAUAGCUUUCCACUUACGUGCCCGUUGCGCCUGUCCAUUAAUCUCUAAGUGGACCAUACACCUGUUCGUAAAAGUGUCACGGGUGCUGGAGAUGGCGGCCACCGAGAGCACGAUCCGAUUUAGCGGCCACACGUUGGACAAGGCAACCAAGGCCAAGGUAACGCUGGAGAACUAUUACAGCAACUUGAUAGCGCAGCAUAUCGAGCGGAAGCAGAGGCUGGCGAAGCUCGAGGAGUCCCUGAAGGAUGAGGGCCUGUCGGAGCAGCAGAAGCAGGAGAAGAGGCUGCAGCAUGCCCAGAAGGAGACCGAGUUUCUCCGGCUGAAGCGGUCGAGGCUCGGUGUCGAGGAUUUCGAGCCUCUCAAGGUCAUCGGCAGGGGUGCCUUCGGUGAGGUGAGACUCGUGCAGAAGAAGGACACCGGACACGUGUACGCGAUGAAGAUCCUCAGAAAAGCCGACAUGCUCGAGAAAGAGCAGGUUGCGCACGUCAGAGCGGAGAGAGACGUCCUCGUGGAGGCGGACCAUCAGUGGGUCGUGAAGAUGUACUACAGUUUCCAGGAUCCUAUCAAUCUCUAUCUAAUAAUGGAGUUUCUUCCCGGCGGUGACAUGAUGACGCUGCUUAUGAAGAAGGACACGCUGUCCGAGGAGUGCACGCAAUUUUAUAUUUCCGAAACGGCGUUAGCGAUCGACUCCAUACACAAGCUAGGUUUUAUUCAUAGAGACAUCAAGCCGGACAACCUGUUGCUGGACGCACGGGGCCACAUAAAACUCUCUGACUUUGGGCUAUGCACGGGUCUGAAGAAAUCGCACAGGACCGACUUCUAUAGAGACCUGAGUCAAGCGAAACCAUCCGAUUUCAUGACAUCAUGCGGGAGUGGAAGCGGCGGCGCGAUGGACAGUAAAAGAAGGGCCGAGAGCUGGAAGAGGAACAGGAGGGCGCUGGCAUACAGCACAGUUGGAACUCCGGACUAUAUCGCGCCGGAGGUGUUCCUGCAGACGGGUUACGGGCCAGCUUGUGACUGCUGGUCCUUGGGAGUUAUCAUGUACGAGAUGCUCAUAGGAUACCCGCCGUUCUGCAGCGAGAAUCCGCAGGAGACGUAUAGAAAAGUAAUGAACUGGCGGGAGACGCUGGUCUUUCCGCCGGAAGUGCCCAUUAGCGAAGAGGCUAAAGACGCAAUUAUCAGAUUCUGCUGUGAAGCCGACAGAAGAUUAGGGUCGCAAAGAGGCAUCGAGGAGCUCAAGCUGGCGCCUUUCUUCCGCGGUGUCGACUGGGAGCACAUCAGGGAGAGACCAGCCGCGAUACCGGUCGAGGUGCGAUCCAUCGACGAUACGUCCAACUUCGACGAAUUUCCAGACGUGAAACUGGAGAUACCGUCCGCGCCGAUGCCUCAGGACGGCGAGGUAAUAUACAAGGACUGGGUAUUCAUCAACUACACCUUCAAACGCUUCGAAGGUCUCACGCAACGGGGCACGCCGACCAAGAAAUAGCAACCCCUCACCUCCUGCUCGAUCACUACUGCCGUCGCCGCUAAUCAGCCGGCUGCUGACGUGAUCGAAAUUCCGGCCUUGGUACAUCAUCCUCAUCAUCCGCCGUUGUCGUCGUCCUUGACGCCGGCAGCGGCGACUGCGACGUCGCGAACGGCGGACGGCUGACCUGUCCCGCUGCGGGCGCGGUUCGUCGGUCACGCGUCACUCUUGUUUGUAUAUACGUGAUGAGCACGGGUUGUCGUAUGAAUAAGCGCGCGGCGUUAUCACGAUUUGGCGAUCGCGGCGAUGAGCUCGGCGGCCAGCCAGCCAGCUAUCCAAGCAGGCGGGAAUGAUACGGGAGAGAGUCUAGUGAUAAAGGUGCACAAUACCCACAAAUGUCGCAUGCCUUGGACGUAUGCGUCGAUAACGAGCGGCAGCAGCGGUGCGCGUCGUCGUCGACGGAGCGCGCGCGUUAAGGGCGAUGCGAACGGAGAUGGUCUAUCUCGUUGUGCGACUCGCGCGGUGUGAUCCUCGAUUGUCGUGUGGGAGAGCGGCCGUCGUUCUCCCGCAUUUUUGUCGUGCCGCGCAGAGCAGACGUGUAUUGUGAAAAAUUCGAAGUUCGAAGCGUAGCAUAAUAAGCUCUCUGUGGUAAUGGUAUUAAAUGAAAAAGAAAAAAAAAUGAUAUGGGAGGGAGCCUCGGUCCCGUGUGUGGUCCUCUCGCACGCUCACACGCACUUCUUAUUUAUCUGACGCGACGCGCGCGUAAGGAUGGUAGUGUCCUUUUUAAUACAUUUGUGUCCCCGGCGUAACGCUCGGCUGAGCUCUCGAGUCCAAGCUCUCGCUCUCUCUCUCUCUCUCUCUCUCUCUCUCUCUCUCUCUCUCUUCUCUUUCUUUCUUUUUUUCUAUUGCUCUCCCUCUUUGUUUCGGAAACGUUGUAUUUGUACGAUCCAGCCCUGUGAUACGAAGUUAUUGAUAAAAUUCGUGUGAAACCCCGCAAAUAACUUUUUGUUAGCGGAUGCUAAUGGUUUUAUUAAUGUUGUAACAUACGUACAUGUGUAUAUGCGCUUAAUCAACGUUUUUUUUUUAUUUGUCUGAAGAAUCUAAAAGUUGUUAGCGAUGUGAGAGUCGGAUUUUUAUAUUACGUAUUUUCAUGGUGCUUUUUUGAGAGCUUCAGUCUGUGUUCACGGAGAAUCAUGUUAGUUAAGCGAGUGGCAAUGCGCAAUGCACCUCUCAUUCGAAAUACCAAUGCGUUUCACUCAUUUUUAUCAUUGUGCGAUUGUAAUAUUAUGUGUACGGUUAACUCUUUGGCACCGGGUCUCUCUCUUUCUCUAUCUAUCUCUCUUUCACACAUACACACUCUCUCUCUCUCUCUCGCCGUCUAUCUCUCUUUCUCUUGUAAGGCGAUAAUUUAACCAUGUCCGAAUACACGAUAAAAAAAGGGACGCUAAACUUUAAAAACACCGUAAAAAGGCGUUAAGAAGAAGAGGGAGAAAGAAAGAAAACACUGUUAAGAUUCAGGGCUCCUUCGUUGCCUUAUUAAGGUUCCUAACAAACAGACAGCCCAAACUGUAUGUUCAAACGCAUACGAUGAACCAGAUUGAGCGACUUCCCCGAAAGAACGACGAAAAAAAACGAUACUGUGCGUCGACGUGUGUAUAAUCGAUCGUUCUAUGUACACGCAUAAACAAACACAUGUACACGUCUUAUACACGCUGUAUGGUUUUAACGCCCCAUGGAACCGGAUAUCUUUCCUUUCGAUCGCACUGUGGGCGAUUUUACGAUUUGCAUUUCGUAGUCUUGCUGAUAGCCAGGGCACCUUGGUAAUAAUAGCGUAAUUACGAUAAAGACUAGGUAACACCCUUAAGGUAACAAUACAGUAUAUACAUACACACGGAAGUACCUACGUGAAAGAAGAAAAAAAAAGAAGAUACACGCGCGCGCUCGAAAACGUAAUCACAAGUUGUGGAUAUUGUAACUCCUUCCUCGUAACGUUUCGCCGUAUCACUUAUUCUCUCUCUCUUUCUCUGUCUCUCUUUCUCCUUAUCUAAAAUCGUGAAAAUUAUAAUCACACGCAAUUACGCCGCUGUACAUUCGACGAAGAGAACAUUAGUUUCGUACGACUCCGCCUGUGGUGUAUAUCUUAAAUCCUUGUCCACAACCUUGCUUUAAGAUGUAAGUUGUAAGAAAUUGAUCAACUACAGCCGAUUAUUCUAAAAAUCGGCAAUGAUCGGUCAAUUUCUUACGGUUUACGUCUUAAAGCAAGGUUGUGGACAAGGGCUAACGCCGUUUACAGAGUAAAAAGAAAAAGUCUCCACGAUAGUCUAACGAAGCUGAGGUCGCCUAGGUUACGGUGUAUUACCAAUUAAGCCAGUAAUUUAAAUGACGAGAGAAAAUAGAGGAGAAGAAGAAGAAGAAGAAAAAUAAAAUAGAAAAUUAUCCGCGAGAAGAGCUAGUAGAAAGGCGAGAACUAUUUUCUGCUAUUGCUAGGAAGUUCAAAUCUCGAAUCGUGAGUUGUGAGCGUAAGCGGGAAAAGUAGGGAGUUAUGGCAUAGGUCUCUUUAGUCUCCUGUCGCCGUUGAGUACAGAUGCUCAGACGUCCAUGCUACUAAAUAAAGAAAAAAAAGACGAAGUGAUCGCAAUUUAUUUAUUUAAAGAGAAAGUCUAAGUAAAGAAAAAAAAGAGAUACAACAAUAGCCACAAGAUGCCUUCGACGCAACAAGUUUCGGUGCCCUGGAACAGUGAAUAUACAUAUAAAUAAAUAUAUAUAUACAUAAGUAUAUAUAUGUAAAAAAAUAUAUUAUAUAUAUAUAUAUACACAUAGACAUUGUUUAGCGGAGAGAGAGAAAAGCGUAUAAUACGCGCUAAACUUAGGUGUUAAAUAUUAGGUGUGCUGAUACGAAAGUGGACGAAGUGUAAAUUUUGGUUUUUUCUGUUUCUUUCCUUCAUUCUGUUGUCUCUCUCUCUCUCUCUCUCUCUCUCUUUCUCUCUUUCUCUUUCUUCUCUAUCUUCUCAUUUCGAAGGGGGCUCGAUGAGAGGCGAGCGUAUUAAUAUAGCGGUUGGCGACGAGAUGUAUGUAUACACGUAUGAGCUACUCUACGCAUUUAACGAUGUAAACGAGAUGUAUUCCGAGGACGCAGGUGGGAAAAAUCUCCAAGAAGUAGACUUACGGUAUUGAUACGUUGGUGUGACACUUGUAAAUAUUUAAUAACGAGGCAACUAAAUGUUACUUGAGAGAAGCAGCAGGCAGUUCGAGCUCCGGUGUGUUUAAUUGGUUACCGCUACUACUGCCAUCCUCGACUCAUCACCACACUGUAUGCGUCGCGCUUAAAUCGCAUUACGACGGGUGUGUUGGGAGCGUGUAACGGUAUUGUCAUCCGGUCCACCCACGUUUUCGCUCGUGUUCUCACGCUAGUGUUCUUUAUCAUCGUACGGAUUACCGAUUAGUUGUUAAUUUACGGUUAAUUUAAACGAAUGAGGAAAACUCGUGUUAUAGAUCUCUCUCUUAGACGAUUCUUACUGAUUAGGUGUUAAGUCUCUACUUCUUCCUCGACAAAGAUCUUGGUUUCUCCAUCGGUUGUUUUCCCCUCUUAGUCUCUCAUUUCCUUUUUGUUUUCUUUUUCUUUUUUUUCGUUAACUAGCGAUCGCUUCCUAAACGUUCUCGGAGACUUUACUCGUCCAGAGCUUUCGCUUCCCACAGAUUCGUGUCUUCUACUGUUUCUCUGUCUCCCCCUCUCUCUCUCUUUCCCCUCCCCCCUCUCUCUCUCUCUCUCUUUCCCCUUCUCUCUCUUUCUCUCCCUUUCUCGUCUAUCGUAUCUAUCAUAAUUUUCGACCCUGAUCAUGCGAUUCCUUCCUGUCGCGAUACGUAGUAUCCAUGUAAUAUCACGUAUACACACACACACUCACAGGCGCACACUUGCGAAUACACCAAUUGCAUAAGAAGCGAAGAAGCUAAACAAUCCGAUCAUUGUCAAUCCGCAUACGAAUAUCGCGGAGGCGUUCUUCCGAAUAUCUCGCCGAUGCACCUUCAGAGCCUGGAUGAGUAACGCGUCGAAAUCGCACUUUUAAACGACAUUUUUCCCCGGCUAGUUUCCGGCGUUCGUGAUCAUCCAAGAAAAUGCUUUCCUUCCUAGCUUCGUCGGGCUUUCAAUGUAACGACACAUCGGCCUCUAAAGCCGACGUAAAUCGCCGAGGGGACGACGAAGACGAGCAGCAAAAUCACGAGCAAUACGAAUAGAAAAAUAAGAAACCAGCUGCUGUUUAUUAUCGUUCCACUUAGUCGUCUCACAAGGGCGAAUAUUCGCGUGAGUCACGUGUCAAGGAUGAUCCCAACAAUGACGUAAAAAAUCGCGAAAGAUCAAUGCUGUCGGUGCGACAGAGUUUUCUUUCAUACGAGCUGUUUAUCGCAUAAAAACCUAUCGCGUGACGCGUUACUCAUCCAAGAUCAACGGGGGAUCGUGUCACUCGUUCACAAUGACGAUCCCUCGAUCGGCUGACACGCGAAAUGACGAUUUGCGCAAAGUGCUCUUGAAUAAACAUUUUAUAACAUUUAUCGAUUUACGGCGCAAGACCUAAGACUAUGCAGAUCGAGGGCGUAGUGGGAUGUAAGAACGAGACGGGAAGCAAAGUUGAUCUUGAAAAAAAAAUAUCUCAAAAGAAGAGGAAGAAUAAAUAAGAGAACAGAAGAGAAUUUCGCUCAUUUCUUAGUCUCUCGUAUGUAUAUUUCUAUCUAUCUAUCUGUCUGUCUCUCUCGUUCUUAUACCUCGCUACGUCUACGCAAUCUACUUUACUACCGCGCAAAGCGCGUUUGGUUGCGCGCGAGUCACUCGAAUCGUCCCGACGCGCGUUGCUGAGCAGCCGAAAUAACGUCAGCUUGAUAAGUCACCGCGCGAGCGAAUACCUCGCUCAGAACACAGACACACGUUACACACAACACACCAGCGAAAACGAGGAGGAAAGGAGGAGAACGCAAAGGAAGAUUGAAGAAGGGAAGAAGAAGGGAAAAGAAUUGCGCGCGUUACGAUAUAUGCGAAUAUCGAGUGAAUAUCUAUCUUCCCCCUUCGGGGAGAUAACACGAUCGGGAGUGUGUUAUCUGUCACUGUAACCGCACUAAUGUUCCGUAGCAGCGCGCGGCUUAAUCGUUUCGUUUUCUCACCGUUUUGUACAGUGAUUUAGCUGAAUUUUACGAGCCGGUCUUUCUCGGAUAUAGCGUAUAGGUAGAAAUUCUUCGCGAUUAAUCCCCGUUCGAGCGUAGCGAUAGCAGACUCUUAGGCACGGCCAGUCUCGCGCUCGUCGUUAGUCCUACGGUGACCAGAUAACAGCGUCGAGAUGCGAACGAGUGCAAUGACGCGCCCGUCUCACUGUUAAAGCGGACAGCCUCGGCACAAGAGGAGCCCCAAACAGUUAUUUUCUCUUCCUCCUUUGAAUUAAAAAGAACUGUGAAUCAGUAGCCGUUAUUUGUAACUUGUCUCAGGUGAGAUAUUCAGAUUUAAAUUUAGAGUUAGAUGUGAGUUUCCCAGUUGAACUGAAAUUAUUAUCAUGUCACGUGUAUCAUAUGAUUAAACUCAGAUCCAGCUUUAAAUUACAGUCUGAGUAUCUCACGUCAAACUAGAGAGAAAGAGAAGAGAGAGAGUUUUAAGUAAUGACUAUUAAAACUAUCUAAGACUUGUAUUAAUAAUCGUUAAUUGGUCCGUUUUAAUAGUCAUUACUUGAAACUUGUCCCACGUGAGAUAUUCACAUAUGAAUUUGGAGUUGAGUUUUUUUCUUAAAUCGCACAAUAUAUGUGACAUUACAUUUUCAAUUUCAGUUGAAAGCUGAGUCAGCAAUUCAGCUAAAAGAUUCACAUCUAACUCUAACAAUAAGUUCAAAUCCGAGUGUCUCACCUGAACCAAGUGUCAAGCAACAACUAUUAAUACAGUCCUAAGACUUGCUUUGGAUAUGAGAUAUUCAAAUUUAAAUAUAAAGUCAGAUGUAAGUCAGCUGAGAGUUAGUUGAAUCGUGAUUAUAAAUAUAUAAUCGAUUCAAAUAAAAAACCUCAGUUACGUAGCUACAAGUUCAGAUUUAAGUGUCUCACGUGGGAUAAGUUUCGAGUAAUGAAUGUUAAUACGGGGGCCUAAAUUGUUUAGAGAAAAAUGUUAAGCGCGCUGUUUGUCCCUCAUAACGCGAUCUUUGACAGACGAGAAAGUCGUCACGGUUUCGUUAACGUUUCUUCGAACGUGAAGAUAAAAAGAGCUCAGAUAUCUACGCGAUAUCGCUGUUAAUUUCUUACAAAUAAUGGGAUUCAAACGGUGAGACGCGUCGUUGUACUCAAUUGCACGAUGACGAAUUUCGUCGAGUUUACACACAGCACGGAGUGUCCGUUGCAUGUGGCUUGCCGUGUAAAAUUCGCACUUGUUUGAGAGAAGAAAAAUAAGAAAAGAAAGCGAUAAAGAAAAGACUACACUCGCGCGCGAAUCGCCGCGAUUGUUUUCCGGAGACACGGAGAGGAGACCGGAACGAACCACACGCGCGGACGCACGACGGGCAAAGGUAAACAUGUAUAUCGAGCGCGGAUAUUUUAUAGUAGGCUUGUGAUUAAAUCGAGGAUUUAUUGUGUCGAACGGUCUGAGACUAAAAAUGGAAAAAAAGGCAAAAAACAAAACGAUGUAUAAAGAGAAAUAUUGCUUUCCACACGCAGAAUAUACUAUUGUAAUUAUGUCGUUAAUAAAUUGUUUUUUAUUUUAAA